UUUUUUCCCCUUUUACCUCUCCUUAUUUUUCUAUAUUUCACUAGCUUUGAGCCAUAAUUUGCGCUAAUUAUAGUUUUCUAAUAUUUUAGUCAACUCACCUGGAUCUUCGUACUACUUAAUAUUACCCAACAGUAGUAUCUGCAGGGGUAAAAAAGCGCAUACUGCUGCAGGUACUGACAUUUUAAUUUUUUUUAUAUUUCAUCUCAGCACAAAGUGACGUAACUAAUACUACUUUGCCCUGUAGGCGUCGCUGUGAUAGAAUUCCUUAUUUCACUGCUCUUCCUUCACCGUUUUCCUCCUUGGUCUGUUCACUUCACCACUCAGGUGCAUGUUGACAAAAACUGCAGUACUUCAUUUACUGGUGUAUUUCCAGUGAUAUAAUAAAAGGUUAAAGGGCCACUGUAUUCUCGGGUGAUUUUUGUUGUUGUACUGCAGUAUUUUUCUUUUUACUCCACACAUACUUCAUUCUUUUAUCAUUUCACAUUCUGCGGUACAUUCUGUCACGGUGAUCGAUCAAACUGUUUAACCCGCUCUGCUCUUUCGUUUACCUUUACUCUGCUGCCUCCCAGUGGGCGGUUACUGCACUUACCAACGCUACGGUCGUGUACGGUCUGUGCGAUCGAACAGGCUGUGUCUCUGCUGACGUUUAGUUGUUUUUAUCUAACGUUUUAGCAACAUUCUUACUAUAUCGCUGCUGACUUUAGUCACCGCUGCUGACUUUUUUCUUCUUUUUUUUACCUACUUUUUGGCAAAUCUCGUAGGUCUCAUGUUUUGGAAAUUUGACUUUUAGCCGCGCCGUAAAAAAAACAAACAAAAAAAAAAAACCCAGAAGAAUCUGGAAAAUAUCGUGGACAAUUAUUUUCAGCCUGCAGGAACUCUUCACAGCGGAAACCUGUCGAAACUGGUCAAGAAUGCAGACUACUGCAGUCUUCGUCUUCCCGCUGACCAUGGCUCGUCUGCUGAUGUUCGUUGGAGCUGUGCUGUGUUCGCUGACAGUGUCUGCUGAAGUUGUACCACAGGGAGACAUCAAUUUGCAGGAAAUGGCUGGAAAGUGGUACCUAAUUGGAUUUGCUACCAAUGCUCAGUGGUUCACCCAGCGUACAGGCAACAUGAAUAUGGGAACGGCUCUGUUCACCCCCAGCACAAACGGAGACCUCGACGUGUCGUACGCCAGCCUCAGGACGGAUGGAACCUGCUGGAGAAUGAAGAACCAGGCCAAGAAGACGGACGUGUCUGGAAAGUUUUCAUACACAAGUGACAACUGGGGCGGUGAGUACGACAUGCUGCUGGUGGAGGUGAAGUACGACGAGUACGCGCUGACUCACACCAUCAAGACGAACGAGGGCGACACCACCGUCAUCAACAAGCUCUACGGAAGAAGAGCGGACCUCGGCCCAGACCUGCUGGAGAAGUUCAAACAGUUCUCCACGGGGACAGGAAUCCUUCCAGAAAACAUUGCCAUCCUACCCAACAACGGGGAAUGUCAGGAAGCUUAAGUCUUCUGCUGUCUUGGAUUGGGAAUCUCAAUUUACACCUGAAGAGGUCGCUGUUGAAUUAUUUUUUAAUAUCACAUUUUAAAGUUGGUUCACUGUACUCUGUAAGGUGUGUUGAUGAAUACAAAAUAAAUACAAAAUUCUUGCUUUGAAUUGCAUUAACGUGGCAUCUCUGUGUCUACUGGGGAGUUCUGUUAUUUAGCCUCAAGGAGGCAGCACAGGUGCAGGUGGAGGAAUGUAAAAUAAUUAUGCAACAUGUAGUUGCAUGUUGUCUGUUAGUCAAAGUGGAUUAAAUCCAGACAAGAAUAUAAAUAGAAGUUAAACCUAUUAAAGAAAAGUUGUGCACAAAAUAGUUUUUAACUUUAUUUUAAAUUAUCAAACAUAAUGUUACUUUGACAGAAGAAAAGUCUGACUUUUUUAACAAUAGUCAACAAAACGUAAUUCAAUAUAUAUGUAUAUAUAUUUAAUAGUGGCUAUAUUUACGGUGAGCUAAGUCUAGAGCAGGGGUUUUCAAACGAUUUGGCAUGCACCCACUGGAGGGCGCCAGAGCACUUCAAAACGUGAUACAGAAAAAUGUCAAAACCUAUUGAAUUGUCGAGCAGUGACACUGCGGUAUCAGUCAACGGACACAUCAAGUGCCAGUUUGAACUUAUCUUGGCCGGAGAACGGCCGUUAAAACUAUCGCUAGUUUGGAAAAUGAAACUGGCGUCAAAGAAGUUGUGCUUACUUUCACAAUAAAAGCCCGGAGAUAUCUCCACCGCUGAUCCAACGUUGAAGUCACCGCUUUAACGACGGCUUCACGUGAAUGAUCCUGCAAGAAAAACAGAGCAGGUUUAACAAUGAUCAGAGUUUGGAUUUUCACGGACUGAUGUUAGACAAAUUUUAAAAAAAAUAAAAAUAAAACUCACCAUUGCUCAGGUAUUUAAAACAGACAUCAUAAAAUGAAAAAAAAAAAUGUAAAAUUAAAAUCUCUCCGUCAGCUAUUUGACAAACCUCUCAAUGUUGCUAACCAGGCAACAGAUUAAAAUACUUUACUUUUUAUUAUCUUUUUUUAACAAAUACAUUGAAGUACGUCCAUAACAACACAGUAAAGGUUUUUAUCAAGUGUUUACAUCUACACGGUUUGUACAGAUUUGUAUACAAAACAAUAAUUUACGUCCCAUGGAAGUCUAGGUACACAUAAACUAUACAACGACUCGUAAAUGAAAUAAAUAUAAAAAGAGAAACGAUGACAGGUGGUAACAAAAGUGUAAAAAAAAAUAAAGAAGCCAUAG